AUGGACUCAGAAAUCCAAGAAGCUUUCCAGAAGGAGCUCACCUGCCUCGUCUGCCUGAAUUUCCUUCUAGACCCAGUCACCAUAGGCUGUGGGCACAGCUUCUGUAGGUCCUGUCUUUGUCUUUUCUGGGAACAAGCCAAAGCCCCUGCCAGUUGUCCAGUGUGCAGACAACGAUCAGAACAGACAAACCUCAAAACCAAUUUUCUUCUGAAGACUCUGGUAUCCACUGUCAGAAAAGCCAAUCUCAGGCAAUUCCUGAAGUGUGAGGAACACCUGUGUGGGGCCCACAAGCAGACAAAGAUCAUCUUCUGUGAAGCCGACAAGAGCUUGCUCUGUUUGGUCUGCUCUCAAGGUCAGGAGCACAAGACUCACAGACAUUGUCCUGCCGAAGAGGCUGCUGAGGAAUCCUGGUUUCAUGUGCAUCGACAUGGAGACAUGAUUAGGAGAACUUAUCAGAUGGCACCCCCAUUUCUCCCAGAGGAAGAAGGUUACUAUGUAGAGAGUGUUAUAAAAGAAGGCCAAAACAUAUACAAUCAACUCAUAAGAAGGCAAAGGGAAAUAAUCGGAAAGAAGAGAGAGCUCCGAGAAAUACACAAGGAGCUCAUUCAAAUGUGCGCUAAACCAGACGUGGAGCUGCUCCAGGAAUUGGAAGACAAGCUGAAAUGGAGUGAGUCAGCACAGCUGCACGUGCCUCAGCCUCUGCUCCCAGAACUCCCUGCACGCCCCAUGUCCGGGCUGAUGGACUGGCUCAACCUCUUCCGAGUCAACUUUUCAUUCAGUAAUGAAGUAAGCAGUCAUCACAUCAGGCUGUUUGAUGAUGCAAGACGUCUGACAUAUGAACAUGACAGCCUCCAUUCAUCUUUGGAUGGUGGAACAGCAAAGUAUUUUGCCUCAUGGGGAGACCAGAGCUUCACCUCUGGCAAACAGUACUGGGAGAUGUUUGUGGACAGCUCUUGGGAUUGGGCUGUAGGUGUCUGUAAGGAUUCCUGGAUAAGGAAGGACAAUGGCAUACUGGACGAGUCCAACAGUGACAACUUUCUCCUUGUGUGUGUGAAGCAGGAUGACCAUUACCAACUCUGGACCACAGCCCCCACCACACCUCUGUACAUAGAGAGACCUCUGGAAAGGGUUGGGGUGUUCCUUGAUUGUGACAGUGGGAGUAUUACUUUUGUGGAUGCUGCCAAGCGCACCCUUCUUUGGCGGUAUGAUGAUGGCGUGUGCACUUUCCCUGUCAGGCCCUUCAUCUGCACUGGCCACAGAUCUGAGUUCUUUUCUGACACUCCGGUCACGUCCAUCGAGAGACAGUAUCCUCAGGAAGGCCCAGACUCCGGGGCCCUGUCAGGCACUUGCAGACAAAAAGAUCUUGGGGUUCCCUGGAGCAACCCAUUUAAGAUACGGGAAUACGGCCAUUCUCCCAUCGCCACGCACAUCCUCCUAACUCCCUACUGGGCCUGUGGACUCCUGGGCAGAUAG